GGAAAUAAUUCAUAAACCAUAUUUUAUAAAAUAUCAUACUACGUGGCAUUUCCGGAUUCAAACUAUACAUUAAAUCUUUCUACAUAUUAGUAUAUAAAAAAAAAACCUAUUAUAUAGUUAUGAAAAAAUUAAAAAACUUCAAUUAAUUUAGUAUAAAGUCCAAAUAGCAUGCGCGUGUCUCUGCGCGCAUAUCUGGUGUUCGGAUAAACAAUUAUCAUCUGGCUAUCGUAUUAGUAAUUCACUGCCGGUUAAAGUGUCAUAGUCAGCAGGUUAACCAAAGAUGGAAGUACGAACAGAAUUAAUCUCGCAUCUUCGUGAAAAAUUUUUUAAAAAAUUGGAUGACGAGGGACCACCAGAUCCUAAGUUUCACCCUGCAGAUAUUGCUAGAGUAAAAGAAAAUAACAAUUGGUUAAGAAGGUUUUUAGAGCACAAUGAAAACAAUAUACAAGAAUCCCUUAAUAUGUUAUGGGAUACUUGCAUUUGGAGAAGUAAAUUUGGUACAAAUGAGAUUACAGAAGAAAAUGUAAGAAAAGAUUAUUUAGAUAUUGGAUUGUGCUUUAUUCAUGGUAAAGAUAAAGAUGGUAAAACAAUGUUUGUUAUUAAAUGUAGUUUACAUACUAAAGGAAGUAAAGAGUUUAAUCAAUUGCAAAAACUUGUUGUAUAUUGGUUUGAAAGAUUAGAAAGACUAACUAAUGGCAAUCAAAUAUCACUUUUUUUUGAUAUGUCAGAUACUGGUAUUUUAAAUAUGGAUAUGGAAUUUAUCAAAUAUUUAAUUAACCUUUGCAAAAGUUAUUAUCCUAAUUUUUUAAAUUAUAUUAUUAUUUUUGAAAUGCCAUGGAUAUUAAAUACUGCAUUUAAAAUUAUAAAAUCAUGGUUACCACCUAAAGCAAUUCCAAAAAUUAAAUUUGUACAUAAAGGCAACAUACAUGAAUUAGUUGAUCCUAAUGAUGUACUUACAUGUUGGGGUGGUAGUAAUGAAUAUCUUUUCAAAUUUGUAUCAGAAGCACAAAAUAAUAUAGAUACUACUAUGAAUGGUAAAUUUGAUAGUAGAAAAGUACAUUUUGCAGAAGGUUCUCCAUUAACAGAACAAUCUCCAGGUGGUUUUGGAGAACAAUCAACUGAAGACCAAUUAUUAUCUAUUGAACCAGAUGCAGUUAUUUUUAACAAAUCAGGAAAUGAAAUUGGUGGAUCAAUUUUACUUAAAAAUGUGACUAGUGAUAAACCUUUAUCUUAUAAAGUAAAAACGACAUCACCUGGAAAGUUCAGAGUACGACCAAGUUCAGGAAUUUUAUUACCUCAAGAACAACGCUCAAUUUCAGUUGUUGUACAACAAGAACAUAAUGUACGUGCUCUUUUACAUGUUGAUAAAUUUUUAGUUAUGUGCCUUCCAUUAAAAGAUCCGAAUACAUCUGCUCAAGAGUUAGCAGCUUUAUGGAAGUCUGAAAAACCAGCAGAAGAACAUAAAUUAAAAUGUUGCUAUGGUGGAAUUAUGAAUAAUGAAGUAUUAAAAUUAAAUUCCAUAUCUGGAAUAUCAGAAAAUAGUCAAAUAGAUACACUUUCUCGUAAGAUAGCACAUUUGAAAGAAAGUAAUACAAAGAUGCACAGUGAAGUUGUAUUUUUAAAGCAUUUACUAUUACUUUCUAUGAUAGUUACAAUUACAGUGGCCAUAAUAAUUGUUUAUAUUUUAAAAAUUGAUAUUAAAAAUUCUAUGGAUCAAUAUUCUAGAAUGGAUCAAGCUUGUGACAUUCACCAUGAGAUAUAGGUUAAUGAAAUAGUUAUUUAUUUGAUUUAUACUUAUAAAUAAUAAAACUUUUAAUUGUUACAUAUUUAUGUUCAUGCAACGAUUACAACUUUUUUAUAUCGAUUUUUACUAUGUCUAGUUUAUAUUUGUUUUUCAUUUUUGUUAAAAAAAAUUAUAUAAAAUAUAAUUAUAUAAAAUACGCGUGUUUUCGUUAUCAAUAUGAAAAAAAUCAAUUGUUAUUUUUU